AUGUCAAGAGAAGACCCAAUUAAGGCUGAAAAAGACUUUUCUGCUACUUUAGAUGAACAAUUUCCAUUGAUUGAAAAGAUCUCUGACUAUAAGCAGGCUUUGGAUAAGUACCUUGUGUUGGAGAAACAGACUCGUCAAUCGUCCGAUUUGGCUUCAUCAAAACGAGUCCUCAACAAGAUUGUUACUACAUUGGUCGCGAAUAAUGACUGGGAUUAUUUGAAUGAUUUGAUAACUAUUUUGUCAAAGAAACACGGACAACUUAAGUCGUCAAUUCAAGCGUUUAUUAAAGAUGUGAUUGAUAAUUUGAGCAGGUUGGAUGAAAACAACAAACAGCAAUUAGAGUUGAAGAUGAAGUUGAUUGAAACUAUUAGAACAGUCACAGACAAAAAGAUCUUUGUUGAAGUUGAAAGGGCUAUUGUUUCCAGACAGUUGGCCAAGAUCCACUUGAAUAAAUUGAAUGAUUUGGAUAAGGCAGUUGAAAUAUUGUGUGAUCUACAAGUAGAAACAUAUUCGUUAAUGCCAUUUAGUGACAAGAUUGAAUAUAUUUUAGAGCAAAUUCAAUUGACCUUACAAAAGGGGGAUUAUGCCCAAGCCAAGAUUUUGAGUCGAAAGAUUUUGUUGAAAUCGUUAAGGAACUUUGACAAAGCUGAUGAGUUCAAGGCUACUUAUUUGAGAUACUUGAUCGACAUUAACGUGUUUGAUUAUGAUUACAUUUCAAUUGUCAAGAACUUAUUGUUGUUGAUUGAGAUUCCGUUGAUUAAGGAAUCAGCAGAAUAUAAGGAGUACUUGGUGCUGAUUAUUUAUUAUAUUGUUUUGUCGACCUAUGAUCCCCACCAAAAUGAUUUAAUCAACAGAAUCAAAUCAAACACAGUGUUUACCAAGAAUGUUGAGGGUAAUAUUGUUAAGUUGUUGGAUAUUUUCACCACUAACGAGUUGAUUCAUUGGUCAAGAAUCGAAUCCUUGUACAAAGCGUCAUUUGCCGAUUCCAAGAUAUUUGCUGAUGAAACAAACUACAAAAACUUGCAAAAGAGAAUUAUUGAGCAUAAUCUUCGUGUGAUUAACAAGUUCUAUCAAUCUAUCAGGUUAGAUAGAUUGGCGCAAUUGUUGCAACUAUCUGUCGACGAAGCUGAACUGUAUGUUAGUGAAUUAGUGAACCAAGGAAUGAUUGUUGCCAAGAUUAAUCGACCAAAAGGUCUUGUCAAGUUUGACAAAACCAAACACGUUGAAGGAAGCGAUCCUCGAACCAGUGAUAACCAUAUUAACGCUUUAUUGAAUGAUUGGUGCUACGAUAUUGAGAAAUUGUUAGAAGAGGUUGAUGCAAUAGGUCAUUUGAUAAACAAAGAAGAGAUGAUGUACGGGAUCAAGCAGAAAAGUUAG